UUCAGUUUCUCUUUGGGUUAAUAGAAAUUGUAGCAACAACAACUAUAUCAGCGACCUUCAAUAAAUUUGUGGUUUUUUCGUAAAAAUGCCGCCUGAAGUACAGAAAUGGGAUCCAAAAACGAUGUUUAAUCUCUCGCAACAGGAACUAGACAUAAUCGCAAAAAGAAAAGCAAUGGUUCAAGAACGUAAACAGUUGUUCAGAGUGUUGAAUGACCCAAGGGCCUCUGGUUUUGGUGGGACUGUGUUUGACCCAGCUAUGCAGAGGUGGUAUUCUGCGAGACACACUUAUGGACAACACUUCAAGGCAACAAGAUCCCACUAUGCCUGGUUAUGGGGAGCGCUGAUCCUCCCUGUUGGCUUUUUUACUUACUUCAUCACUAAAGAAAGAAACGAGAGAGAGGCAAGGUACAGGCGUGGGGAAGUGUCAACGAAAGACAAGCCUUUUAAAAAUAAUUACUAGUUUAUGGGAUUAUAAUUGAUCUGGCUCACUUGUGACAAACAUGAUUUAUACAUAGAUAAGAAUGUUCAUGGUAUAAAGAACUGAUGAAGAAAUGUUUCAUGAACUAAACUCAUGUUUUUGUCUGAAGUGUAUAUAUUGGCACACAGGGGUUAACAGUGUUAUAAGAGCAAGCUUAUAGUCGUGUGUUUGUAAUUCAAAACAGUAAAUAAUUCUCUCGAAGCCUAAAAUAUUAUUGGUGAAGUGUUUGUUAUAUAUAUGUGUGUGGAAGUAAAUGUUCGGAAUUGA